AUGAUUUACAUGGCGAUAAUGGACACAUUUUAUCUAACAGGCGAGCAGAUUAAAAGCUCGCCUUCAAUGAAAGAUGGGAUAGACGAAGUUACAGAAACCACACUUAGAAUCUACGGCUGUGAUCUCAUCCAAGAAAGUGGGAUUUUACUCAAAUUACUCCAAGUUGUAAUGUCAACAGGACAAGUACUAUUUCAUCAUUUUUACUGCAAGAAAUUGUUUGCAUGUUUUAAUGUGAAGAGGGAUGCUGCUAGUUGUGUUUGGAUUGCAUCAAACAUCGAAGAAAUUCCUAAGAAAGCAAGUGAGGUACUUAAUGUUUUCCACAUAAUUGAAUGUAGGAGAGAAAACUUACCCUUAGAGCAUCUCGAUACAUCUGCCAAAAAAUAUGAUGAUUUGAAAGCAGAGCUAAUCAGGACAGAAAGGUAUAUUCUAAUAGAAUUGGCUUUCAUCUGCCAUGUCGAGCAUCCUCAUAAAUUUUUAUCAAUUUACCUUGCAACUCUUGAAUUAACACCCGAAACAGAAUUGAUACAAAGGGCAUGGAAUCUUGUUAGACCGGGAGAAAAUUUGGCAUCUGGGCCUCGCCACAAAGGAGCCCAACUUGUAUAA